AUGCAGCGUCAGUCGUCAGCCAAAUCGGGCUGUCACAACGCUUCCGAGUUGUCGCCAGUGCACAGAAAUGCUUAUGAGAUGAGGAACAGAGGAUCGCUGCCACCGAUGCGCAGUGGCUCUCCACUCUCGCCGCCUGCGAUGCCUGUGAAACCUGCCGUCAGCAACGACUGGCCGCGUGCGCUCUCAGCCCGCACAGACCACGGCGGCGGCGAGGAGCAGAACAACGACGAGGGAGAAAAAAGCGCUAGCAGCGGGCCAGCAAGGAGGACAUCUUGCGGCGGUGCGACGGGCUCAACGUCGGCUACAGCGACAACCUGCGCCGCUCAUAUCGUUUCGGAUGUGCCCAGCUCGUCUUCCUUGGCACCCUUCUCUAUCCCUCCACUCAGUUACAGCAACAUCAGUGAAACUUCAUCUACCUAUAACGCUCACAGCAUGUCUCCGGGCGGCCGCCGCAGCAGUCAGGUCACUGGCAUGCAUAAGAACCUCCUGGUCUUUCCUCCGCGUGUGUUCCGCACCGCUGGUAUGCUGCCACCCUCCGCAAAGACGCCGACCGCCGCCUCCGAAGCGCUUGUGACACCGCCAUCACCGGCUCGGCUGACGAUGGCCGUCACUGGCACUGGCCACCCCGUGACGCCUCUGCCGUCCCCGACUGUUGUCGCAGCAAUGUCGCUCAUGAGCCCAGAAGGCGUUCCGCUGCCGAAUCAACUCACCUACUUUUCCAUUGGCGGGUCGCGCCGGCGCAACAGCAUCAGCGUGCCAACCAGCCCCUUCCAGGUCGAGGGCGACAAGGCAGAAAACUCCUUUAUGGAGGAAAUCGUCGGCGGUGCCGAUGAGCGUUGGCUGGUCGACGCACAUCACAGAGCUGCGACAGAUCACAACAGCCACACUAGCGCGCGACUUGAGCGUCUGAACGCAUGUGGUACCGUCACCGCUACCGUCGCCGACUCCGUAGACAGGGCAACCACGCGGUCUUCGCGAACCGCGGACCACGCUAGCGAAGACGACGGCACUGCCUCUCACGCAAAUUCGGCAGCGAGCACGCGCUCCUCCUCCUCUCCGCCGUCGUCGCCCUCGCACAGGGCGCGCAGCUCAGCGGCAUCUCCGUCAUCAGCAGCUGAGGUCGCCGCGUCUGCCGCCAGCGCCGCCCCAACCACAAUCCCUACCAGCCACAACGUCCCGAUCCCACCUCCCAUCUCCGCUGCUCCGCAAGGCAGCAGCAGCGCCAGGAAUGCGGCCAACUUGAGCCUGAGCGCCGACCAUGUGCGCCAUUCACUCGUUGUUGCGCCACUACCCUCCCCUCUCGUAUCGCCUGUAGCCGUCAGCGUGGCCGGUGGCGGGGCGGGCGGGACCACGUCGCCCACCAACCGCGGCGGUGCAGCACUCAGCCGGGGCGACUCGCAGUCACCGAGUUCGUCGCUACGUUUUGGGACGCACGAUCCGUACAACACCUCCGUUAUUGUGGCGACGCCGUUGAUGAGCGGUGUGCCGCGCACGACAAGCUUCACCAGCUACCCCUCCCCCUCUGCAACGACGACCCCGAUCGGGCCGGGCAUCACGCACAUGCGAAUGUGGAGCACGUCGGCGCUCACAAACGGCAACGCCGUGGACUGUGGUGCCGCGUUUUUGUACAGCGCCGUCGCGAACUUGGACACGAUGAGCGUCAAGUCGAGCAUGGUGGAUGUGCCGCCAGGAAUUCAUGACGGCAUCAUGGUCUGGGCCGCCAGUGGCGGUCCAUCUAAGCUGCCGUCGACGUCCACAGGAGAGCACUUCCUCUACGGUCCCUACGGCGGCUGCGCGGCGCCGCAGACUGCACGGUACGCCCACGAGGAGGCGCCUGCACAAACACCAACGCCGUCUUGUGCGAUUGGCGAAAAUGCCGCAGACGCAUCUAGUGAAGCCGCUGGCCAGCAGUACGAGUCCGAGCAAACGCCGUCCGAGCAGCCGUACGACCCCCAGCAUGAAUACUCGUGCCAGCAGCACAGUGUACAACGACAUCAGGUCCAGCGUGCCGACAGCUAUGCGCCGUCGUACGAGCAGCGGCAGCAGCCCCAUCCCCCUCCGGUACAGGAGUUAACAGGACACUGCCAGGCUUUUGAGCCACAACAGCAGUACGAUCAUGAGCCGUAUCCAGCACCGCCGGUGCCGUACUCGUAUCGACUCCAACCACAUCAGCCGCAUGUGCACGCACCCCAGCCACAACAGCAGUACGAUCAUCAGCGACAGCAGCCACCGCAACAGCCUUACCACACGCAAGGGUUGCAUGGUGAGCGAGGCGGCAAUGCAGGUGCAGUGCCCCACAACUGGGACGGGCCACGGAAGCGCGUAGCGCAGGAUGUACUGCCGGGUUUUUUCUCUGUGGACACGAUCCAGCUCGGCGAUCAGACGCACCUUGUCUCAGACCGCAACGGCGUGCCACACGAACCCAACGAGCAGCAGCAGCUCUCUCAUGAGGCGCCGCACGACGCCGCGCUUCUGGCCAGUGGUAGUGGUGUGGACUAUACUUCUCCGGAUUACAAAACGGGCCAUCAGAGCUGCGGGCCUACGGCUGCUCCCGAGUUCGACAACAGAGGAAACUCGCCGGUCGCGCAGCAGCAGCAGCAGCAGCGGUUGAGCUGGUCCUCCAGCAUUUACUACGACACAACACCAGCGCGCGGCGUGCCGGGGGACUACUACAGCGGCUCUCGUGCAGGAGCGGAGUCCACCACAGCGACACUUAGCACCUCCCCCUAUGGCAGUGACGACGACAACGAGGCAAUGCGAAUUCACAGCGGUGCCAUGUACGGCUCACCGCCCCGGCACGCCGAGCAGCAUAGAGGGAGCGCGUCGGUCAUGAUGGUGGGCGGUAUGAUGGUCGCACAGCCACCGCACAUGGCGGCCCCGGUGGUCUCGCGCACGCCGAACCAGCGGACCGGCUACACUGUGAAUAACCGAGGGAGUAGCAGCAGCGGAGGCAACAGCAACGUGGGCGGUGGUAUGAACAGCGUGGAGGCAAACGAGAGCGGCAGCCUCAGAAGCGGCAACAGUGGGGGUGGUGCGGACAUGGCGCUCGUGUACAAUGUCGACAAGUCGAUCGACGUCUGCGGCGGCCCUGGAGCGUUGGCACCCACGUUACGGGAUGCAGGACCCAACGGGCCGGUCGGCGUCUGCUGCAGCGGUGGCGGCAUUGGCGCCAACGCAACGACAACAACAGUCGUUUAUGGCGGCUACUUGCAUUACCCUCCCAUGAAAAAUUACGCCAUGGGGUACACAGACAUGUACAUCCCGCAGCCUGAGCGUCACACGAGGGGCUCCGUGGCGACUACUUCAUCCUCACAGGAAGGCGCGAACGAGUCUCGCACCACGAGCAACGUACUCGUUGCGCCACCGCUGCCCCGCAGCGCCGGUGCGAUGGACGGAGGUGCCGCAACGCACUAUCAACCGCCUCACGGCCGGGAACCCGGCUUGCAGGAGCCAUCUAUUACGCGGCAGCGCCAGCAGCGGCACCCCACUGUGAGCAGCAGCGCCGCGGACGAGUUGCAGCCGACGAAAGGCGGAGAGGACUACUCGCCGCACAUCGCCUCGCCGAGCCGGUGUCGCUCCUCCAUUCCCCCGGUGAACCAGCCAAGUAAAUACAGCGAGAUGCGCUAUCCGCAGCCGCAGCAACCCCACGUGCUUUCACAUGCACCGCAGCAGCUCCGAAUCCCGAGCGAGAGCAGCAACAGUUUCGGUUACGCUCAGGCGAACGCGGUACGCGGUACCGGUGCGGUGGCGUAG